AUGGAAACCCUUUGGUUGACCUUGGCUGAUGAAGAUCUGGAGAUGAAGGGAAGCCUUGUGGUGUUGUGUCUCUUGGUAGCUUUUGCAGACCGGAUAGCGUCCGAAUCUCCCUCUGAAGGAGAUGAUCCCGCCAACCAACUCACUGGCCAAGAGCUUUUGAGCAGCCUCGACGAAGCCAAAAAGAUGGUGGAUGAGGCAUAUAAACUCUCGAGGGAGAGAUCCAAGGCAGAUUUGGACAAAACCCAUGUCACUCCUGCGGAUUUCCUGAAACACCUAAAAGAGCCGAUGGCCGCGACCCGGACGGCCCUUCGAGCCGCCAGUUAUUUGGACACCUCUUUGGACCUCCUGAAGAAGAAGCUCCAGAAGAAAUGGAUGAGGCCCUUCAACCUCACCGAUGUCCUGACGAGGAAGCAGAAGGAGACCAUUUCCAAAGUGACUGGCUGUGACUACGUGACCCGUCCUAUCACUUGUCCGCAGAAUAACCCCUACCGGACCAUCACCGGAGAAUGCAACAACCUGAAACACCCACAUUAUGGUGCCUCGAAUCGUGGGUACGCCCGCUGGCUCCCGGCUGAGUAUGAAGAUGGCAUCUCCCUCCCAAGGGGCCUCAUCCAAGGGCAGCUUUAUAAAGGGCAUACCCUCCCAUUGGUGCGGAGUGUCUCCAAUGAGAUCAUCACCACCUCCAAUGAGAACGUCACUGAGGACCAGGAGCGCUCGCUGGCCUUCAUGCACUGGGGCCAAUGGGUGGACCACGACAUGGACCUGGCCCCCAUGACUGAGAUCGGCAUUGACAACAAACAGGUCGAGUGCACAACCGACUGCAAUUACGCCCCGCCGUGUUUCCCCAUCAAGGUCCCCCCGGGAGACCCCCGGAUCAAGAAGUCUGGGGUCUGCAUGCCCUUCAUCCGGACGGCCCCGGCCUGCAACCCCACAACUUAUGUCCGGGAGCAGCUCAACGCCAUCACCUCGUACCUGGACGCCAGCAUGGUCUACGGCAGCGAGGAGGUCCUGGCACGCAACCUGCGCAACAACAGCAACGAUCUGGGCCUCAUGGCCCUCAACCAGAACUUCACCGACAACGGACUGGGCCUCCUCCCCUUUGAGAACAAGACCAAGAGCCUCUGCCUAUUCACAAAUAAAACUGCCAACAUCCCAUGUUUUAAGGGAGGGGACAAACGGGCCACUGAAAACCUGGGACUGACUGCCAUGCAUACCUUGUUUGUCCGGGAGCAUAACAGGUUGGCCACUGAACUAAAGAAGAUGAAUCCGCAUUGGGAUGGAGAGAAACUGUACCAAGAAGCCCGGAAGAUUGUUGAUGCAGAGAACCAGGUCAUCACCUUCCGAGAUUACUUGCCCCUUGUGUUGGGCAAUGAGAUGAACAGGCAGUUGCCACUCUAUACAGGCUACAAGGAAUCGGUGGACCCAACUGUGGCGAAUGUCUUCUCCUUGGCCUUCCGGUUUGGACAUGGCUCCAUCCCACCCUUGGUGCCCCGUCUGGAUCACAAUUUCAAGCCCUUGGCUCCGUACUUCUAUGCUCAUCUGUCCGGCACCUUUUGCGCUUCAUGGAGAAUAGUUAUGGAAGGUGGCAUCGACCCACUUGUCCGUGGUUUCCUGGCUGACCAUUCGAAGUUGAUGAAGCAGAACCAGAUGAUGGUGGAGGAGCUUCAGGAACAUCUCUUUGAGCAGACAGAACACAUCGGCCUCGACUUGGCUGCCUUGAAUUUGCAGCGGGGAAGGGACCACGGCUUGCCAGGAUAUAAUGCUUGGAGGCGCUUCUGCGGCCUCUCCGCUCCAAGCAAUGAGGCUGAGCUUGCGGUCGUGAUGCGCAACCCCAAGCUGGCCAAGAAAUUCAUGGACCUAUACGGGACACCGGAAAACAUCGACAUCUGGGUUGGGAGUAUGGCAGAACCCUUCGUCCCCUAUGGCAGGGUUGGCCCACUCUUGGCCUGCCUCAUUGGGAACCAGUUCCGAAAAGUCCGGGAUGGGGACAGAUUCUGGUGGGAGAGAGACGGGGUCUUCACCCCGAAGCAACGCCGGGCCCUGAGCCGCGACUCCUUCUCGCGCAUCAUUUGCGACAACACCCAAAUCCAAGAGGUGCCCCGGGACACCUUCAAGAGGAACCACUACCCGAGCGAUUUCGUCAACUGCCGGGAAGUCCAAGGGCUCGACCUCUCGGCGUGGAAAGAGUAGCGCGGAGAGCAAGAAAAUGGGUGGGUGCGGGUGGGAUCGGGACACCCAUUGGCCAUGGUCAACUUGGGUGGCUUGGCGGAGGGAUCAAUUCAUGGAAGGAGAGGGCCUUCGGAUGGCUAUGGGUUC